AUGUCUGAUAGGAAGAGGAAAGCCUCCGGCUCGGAGGAGCCAGAAGACAACUUUCUGUUGGGAAUUUUGGGGUUUUCCCUUGCUGCCAUCACACGCAAGGUCAAGCAGGCAACCCAGAAGCAAUGCUUUGUUUGUGGUGAGAGGGGGGCUGCCAUCACGUGUGCAGAGAGUGGCUGUGAACGAAGCUUCCAUCUGCCCUGUGCCGUGGAAGGGGAAUGUGUCACCCAAUUCUUUGGGAUGUACAGUUCCUACUGCUGGAAGCACCGGCCUCAACAGGCAGUUCAGGAAGAUCCAGAACAUGACAUCAACUGCGUCAUCUGCCUUGAGCCUGUGGGAGACAGCACAGCCUACCACAGACUGGUGUGCCCAGCAUGUAAACAUGCCUGGUUCCACCGGGACUGCAUCCAGCUACAGGCCUUCACUGUUGGUGCUUUGGGCUUUCAGUGCCCCGUCUGUCGAGACAAAGAUCUAUUCCAUUUGGAAAUGUCCACCAUGGGGAUCCAAAUCCCUGCCAGGCCCUGGCAGCUGCUCCUGUGCAGCUCCUGCGCUGCUGAGGGCACCCACCGACAGUGCUCCCACUUGAAUGACACCACAGCCACGUGGGAGUGCGACAGCUGUGCUGGCCUGCGUACUGCCUCCAGUGCCAACACCGAGCUUGCUGGGCCCUGCACUGCCAGCGAGAGGGCUCCGGGACCAUCCAGCAGCUCCAUGGAGCCUGAGACCUUGGGCUCCAUGCCCACCAGCCAGGCAGCAUUGGGGACGACAUCACAGAGUUCCCAGCUGCCUGAGCACAGCGACCUGCCCAGUGUGCCUGAGACUGAGCAGGAGACUAACGGGCCACGGUCAUCGGAGGAUCAGGCGGAGGGCAUCAGGGUCCUCCAGAGCGUCUCCGGCAGCUGCUCGCAGAAGACGUCCCAGGCAGCGGGGAAGAAGCCGCACACGAAGCCGCUCCCCGCUGCGAGGUCGGGCCCCGAGUUCCCGGAGCCGGCCAAGAAGACGCCGUGGCAGCCGGCAAACGCCAGCCUCAGGGCAGCGGAGCGGCACCCGGUCAAGGUCUGCCACUUCGAGAUCCCCGAGGGCUUCCAGAGUGCCCGGACGCAGGGGACCGUCCAGGCAGCGACGGCGCACCCCCACCCGCAGCCCUCCUCCGCAGAGACGUCGGGCUCAAAAUUCCCGCGGCUCACGCCAAGGAGGCAGCAGGAGGCGGGCUCAACGGCGGAGGACAUCGCGGGAAUGAAGCUGCUCCCAGGAACAACUUCAGAGACAAAGUCCCCACGCACAGCCCCCAAGUCUGCGUAG